CUUUACAGAUGAAGAAACUGAGGCAGAUGGAGGUGAAGUGACUUGUCCAGGGUCACACUGCUUUUAAGUGUGGAGAUCAAAUUCGAACUCGUCUUCCUGAAGGAAGCAGACAGUGAGCAGUGAGGGUCAGUGAUGGAAACAAGACCCUCAUACUCUGGAAUCUUAAUGGCUUUGUGCCUAAUCGGUUUAUUUGGUACUCGCCUGGUUCUAUAUUGUUAGACAUUAAUUCCCCAGAGUGGUCAUCUCCUGCCCAUUCCAGAAGGGUAGUGACAAACGACGAGUGACGGACGGUGGGGGGAACAUGGGACCUUCGCAUUCCAGAAGAAUCCCCCAAACCUGCGCUUGCUCCCUAUUCCCUAUGAUGUACAAGUCAACCCCCCCAACACAGCUCCCCCUGCAUUGGGCCAUGCCCGUUUUCCCAGGAAAGGUGAAGAUUUCACCGCAGGGAAUAAGCAAAGCGGAGGACCAAAGCUGCGACUCUGCGCCCGGAGAGCAGGGCUGUCGCUCCCGAGAGCGGCUCUCUUUCUCCGGGGCUAAUCCGGCCCCCCAAGGCUCUCUGAUGAGUCCCCAGGCGAUUUCGCCAGCUAUGAGGCUAUUCGACCCCUUAAACCUCUUCAAAUACAAUUCUUUUCUUGCUUCUGGAUGGAGCGGGGUUUGAGUCUCCCAUUCUUGGGCAAGAUCCUGCUGCAAACUUGGGGGUGUUUCUCCCAUUUCUGACCCCAAGUCCGACUCUCCGGCUACUGUCCAGGGUUUCCUCGAGUUCUCGGUGCAGUUUUAAGCACUUUCAUGUCAAUAUUUUAAAUGUAACAGCUGAAGCUCUGAAACGUUUGAGGACCUCUCACUGCUAGGGAGCCAGGUCCUGAGCUAAGAUCUAGGGGAGGUUUCUAUAAGAGAAUGCGGUAGGGGGAGCUUGGUUGUCCCAGCUCCUACAGAGAAUACGGUAAAGAGAGAUUCGGGGCGGUGCCUAGCAAGUAGCUUUCGCCGGUCCACAGAGACCGUGGGACUCAGGAGGACAGGGCGGAGCAGAGCGCGCGCCUGCGCAGUAGGCAAGAGGCAAAGGGAUUAAGAAGGGUUAGUAGCGCCACUGCCUCCAGUACUCCCGCUGCUAGCUGCUUGGUGCGCACGCGCUGCCGGCUAGAGUCACUCUUGCUGAGUCGGAGCAGGCGUGCGAAGGCGGCUGCGGGCGUGGAGCUGUCUGCGGUGACCGAGAGAGCUAGCGAGCUAGCGAACAGACGAGCGGCGCCAUGAGCGGUUACAGCAUCGAGGAGCGCGCGGCCCCCUACAGCCUCGAGUAUCGGCUCUUCCUCAAAAACGCAAAGGGAGAGUAUAUAUCGCCCUUCCAUGACAUUCCAAUCCAGGCAGCCGAGAAUGUGUUCCAUAUGGUGGUAGAAGUACCUCGCUGGACGAACGCAAAGAUGGAGAUCGCCACCAAGGACCCCUUAAACCCGAUUAAACAAGAUGUCAAGAAAGGAAAGCUGCGCUACAUCGCCAACGUGUUCCCUCACAAAGGCUACAUCUGGAACUACGGGGCCAUCCCUCAGACUUGGGAAGACCCCGGGCACAAGGACCAGCACACCGGCUGCUGCGGAGACAAUGACCCCAUUGAUGUCUGCGACAUUGGAAGCAAGGUCUGCUCGCGAGGAGAAGUGAUCAAAGUGAAAGUCCUGGGCAUCCUGGCGAUGAUUGACGAAGGAGAGACCGACUGGAAGGUCAUCGCCAUCAACGUGGACGAUCCCGACGCUGCCAGCUACAGCAAUAUUGAGGACGUCCGAAAGCUGAAGCCCGGCUACCUGGAAGCCACCGUGGAGUGGUUUAGAAAGUACAAAGUGCCCGACGGGAAACCCGAGAACGAGUUUGCCUUCAACGCCGAAUUUAAGGACAAGGACUUCGCCACGGACAUCAUUCAGGGCACGCACGCCCACUGGAAGGCCUUGGUGGCCAAGAAGACCGACGGAGGCGGGCUCAACUGCACGAACACGACCGUGGAGGGCAGCCCCUUCAAGUGCAGCAUGGAGUCCGCCAGAGAGAUCGUCAGAGCCCUGCCGCUGCCUUGUGAAUCAGCCUGCACCGUGCCCACCGACGUGGACAAGUGGUUCUACUACCAGGGCAAGUAGAGGCCCUUGUGGGGAGCAGCAGGACGUCCCUCAUGCAGGAAACUCCAGACCCGGCUUGGCCCCGAGCUCUGCGGGCGGCUCUCUGUUCGCUGGUUGGGCCCCUCCACACGUCCCCUGCCUGCCUCAGUCCCUGGGAGAGCCCCUGGGAGCGAGCAGGGCGCACGCUUACUGUGUGCUGGCAAAUAAAGGUUUGGCUCAAGCUCA